AUGAAGCGGUUUCAAUCCUUGCGCCGCUUCAAAUGGUCUGACGUACCCAAGCGUCGGCGUCAGCUGACGUAUAUAAUGUCAGCGGUGGCCUUUUCCACUUACACCUUGGAGAGCAAGUUCAAGGAAUGUAUCGAGAUUGUGGGAAAUAAGGCCGACAUCACUGAGCCGCAUACCAUGUUUUGGCUGCGAGUCCUGUUUGGGCGAAUGCGAUCCAGAUGGGUCGGCGCAGCGACUGACAUGCGAGUUCCGGUUGCUUUGCGAUCCUCAUUGUACAGCCUUUUUGCUUGGAGAUAUGGUGUUGCACUGGAGGAGGUGAGAUAUCCAUUGGACGCUUUCCCAACCUUCAACGACUUCUUCAGCAGGAAGCUAGUGGAGGGCGCCAGGCCAAUCUCUCAUGUGCCCAAGGGCUUAGUUAGUCCAGUGGAUUGCACAGUCACCACCGUGGGCCAAAUUUCUGAGGACAACAACAGGGUAGAACAGGUCAAAGGCUCCACUUACAACAUCCGAUCCUUCUUGGGUUUUGAUCCUCGGGAGAAUGCCAAAGAGGACUCGGAGUUGCACUAUGUGGUGCUCUAUUUGGCACCCGGCAACUAUCAUCGGAUCCACAGCCCUUGCGAAGUGACCGUGAGCAAAGGUCGGCAUUUUUGUGGUGAACUUUUGCCGGUGAGACCUUGGUUUCUUCAACGUUUCAAUGAUGUCCUUGCAGUCAAUGAACGAGUAGCACUCACUGGUCAGUGGCAAUUUGGGCUGAUGAAUUUGGUGGCAGUGGGUGCGGCCAACACUGGAAGCAUUUUCUUGGACUUCGAUCACAAAUUGAAGACCAAUCGGCUUCGAGAUAUUGCCGUGCACUGUGGAGGCGACAUUUCCGACAAGCUCUACCCGAGUGGAGUGCAACUCCGUUGUGGUGACCCUGUGGGAGGUUUCCGCAUGGGCUCCACUGUGGUGCUUGUUUUCGAGAGCCCCAAAGGCUUCGAAUGGUCAGUGGCACCAGGAGAUAGCCUAAAGGUUGGCCAACCUUUGGGCCAAGUUGCCUGCUGGUCACUCUCCGUUCAAAACUAUGCCUUCGAAGAACAGUUUCCAGCUGCACAACCGAAAUGGGGUCAGCCUUUAUGCAUUGAUGUGAUGCGACCAUUGGCCACCGCUCAAGUGGCAAUACGCGCAGAAGAGCUGCGAUACUCACUGCCACUGAACGGAUGCAUCAAAGACAUGGCUGUAUGUUUGAAGGUUAAGCCGGCCAAGCCUGGAAAAGCGGCCUUGGAUAGGAAUAUAGAAGGAGGGCCAGCGGAAAAGCUGUCGGCCAGCUUGAAAGAUUCCACGGCAGUGACCAGGGACUACCUGGAGCGCCACAAGCUCCUGCAGUAUAUCCAGUCCAUGCUGCACGCUGUCAUCCAAGCAAAGCCGCAUGAUCCAUUCCCUUUCAUGAUGGCCCAGCUUGCUGCUGCGUGCGCACGGCCUUCGAGAAGAGCUAGGAGACAUAGCUGUCCCAGCCCAGCACAACCUCCCAAGGAAGUGACUGGAGGGAGCCGGGACUUGGAGCUGGCCUCCGACCCUGGCUGUGUCCCAUCGGUGGCCAGCACAACGUCAGGGGCACCGGACAUCUUCUCAGAUCCUGGUUGCCACCAAGACGUCCAAAAGGAGGUCAAUAUGGUCGAGGAGUCUUCGAUGGAGCCGCGAGAAGCACUGGCUUCUCUCCCAUGGCAAGUUGAAGCUCCACCAAAACCAGCUGUGCAACUGGAAGUCCAGCGACGACCCAGUGUAGAUGGCAAGGCGGAUGGAUUCAGAUUUCUUCGGACAGGGCUGCAUCUCCAGCGACGAACCAGUGCAGAUGGCAAGGGGAAGUCAUUGGUGGCUGUUCCACCAACCAAGCAGGAGUCCAUAGCUAGCAAAGCAGUUGCAAGGGAGCUCAUUUCUGAGGACAACAAGAGUCAGAGUGGAGAGCAGUACAAUGAGCUGGCAAGGCUUCGCGGCAAUCUACGACGGCAACUGGAAGAGGCUGUAGAAGACGGAAAGUUGGUGAGCGCAGUGGAAAAAGCUGUGAGCCUGAUGACUGGUCAAGAGGAUGACGAGGUCCGAAUACGCAGAGAACUGGUACAACUGAAGAUUGAGCACAAGGAACUGAGCCUCUACUCGGACAGGUUGAAGCGUGACCUCCGGGAACUGAGACGGGUGAACUUGGACUUACGUCGGCGCUUGGCGCAGCUCAGCAUGAGCAGACCGAAUGCCGAGGCAAUGGCAGCACCAGCCGAGCCUCGUCGCUGGAUGCCAGUGCUUGCUGCCACCACGGCAGCAUCAGCCACCGCCUUUGUGGCAGGCACCGGCCGCUCAGGCGCCCCAGCACGGCCUGUGGCUCCCGCGGCUCCGGCGGCUCCCGCCCUGCGGGGAGCACCACACGUUGCAACGUCGAGCUCGAGCCUCGCGGCGCCGGCCGUGCUGGGCCUGGGCGGCUUGGGCGUGUGCGGAGCAUUGGCGCGGAAACAGCGGAAAGGAGGUCAGAAAGGUGUGACUGCAAGGAAAGCUACCAUUACUGCAAGCAUGGAGACGCAACCGGCCGUCGAAGAAGAGGCCUGGGCGUGGGCCAAAAAGGACUCCACCCCUGUGAAGAAGACAUCGGUGCUGGUGCUUGGUGCUACCGGUACCAUCGGGCGACAGAUUUUGCGUGCACUGAGGAAUGCAGGCUACUCCGUGCGCUGUAUGCUGCGGAAUCGUGCUGACCGACCUUUCUCAUUCUUGGUGGAUUGGGGCGCAACAGUGGUGGAAGGCUCCCUGCUCCGACCAGAGAGCUUGCCCAGUGCAUUGGUGGGCAUUCACACCGUCAUUGACUGUGCAACCGCGCGGCCAGAGGAAGACGUCUACAAUAUUGAUUGGGAGGGCAAGAAGCGACUUAUCCAGUGCGCCAAAGAGAUGAAGAUUCAGCGCUAUGUUUUCUGCAGCAUCAAAGACUGCGACAAAUAUCAGACUGUGCCAUUGAUGCAGAUCAAAUAUUUGACGGAGAAAUUCCUGAAGGACAGCGGGAUUCGCCACACCAUCCUCCGGAUCAGCGGCCUGAUGCAACCACUCAUUUCGCAGUAUGCAGUGAGUGUUCUGGACGAUCAGAAGGUCUGGGGAGAUGAUGGCAGCAUGCCGGGCAUUGCGUACAUCGAUUCCCAGGAUGUUUCUCGCAUGAUGGCAUCUGCUAUGAUCAAGGAGCGCACCGUGGGUCAGACGCUGACUUUGACGGGUCCCAAGGUUUGGUCCACCAAUGACGUGAUCAAACUCUGCGAGGAGCUCUCCGGCAGGGACGCAGAUGUCAAUGUAGUCUCCAAUCAACAGAUGCAACUCACCAUGGCAGCUGCAGGUUGCUUCGACUGGACCGUGGAUGUGGCGGAGCGAUUGAAAUUUGUGGAGGUGAACCAACAAGGAUCUCCUGACUCGCCCAUGCUGAUGACAGAGGAUACUUAUCAAACUCUUGGGAUGGAGCCUUCGGGCACCCGCAAGUUGGAGGAGUACAUCGGUGAGUACUACAGGAGAGUUUUCAAGAAGCUCACGAAGGGCAAGUAUGAGGCUGAGCCCGGAGAGUUGGAGAAGGAGAAGGCCGAGUCUGAGGCUAAGCUGAAGCAGGCCCUUUCACAGGACUUUCCUUCGGACACGACCGACCAAUUGCCUGCUGGUCAGCCGGAAGAAGAGGAGGUAACCGUUGCUUAUCAGCGGGAUGUUGCGGAGCGGCUGCAGAAGUUCUUUGAGGACAAGGUGCUCUCAGAGAUGGAAGAUGAGAAAAACGCGUGGUUUGGUUGGGUGCCGCUUGCUGAAGUUUUCAACGGGCGAUCGGCACCUUCCCUGGCACUUGGGUGGGGAGAAUCAGAGGCAAUGAUGGGAUUCUCCCUGGGCUUGUUCACCGAAUGGGCCACAGAUGUGGACGUUGCCAGACAGAUCGACUUGGUUCUCGCCAUUUUCUCUCCACCAUCCUGA